AUGGCCGCGCCUGCCCCGGCGUUUAGCAGCAUCAAUCGCACCGGCUCGACGGGCACCUGGGGCGAGACGGCGCGCGGCGAGGGCGUCGACGUGGAGCGGGCGCGCACCGACUUUGAGCUGGCCCGCAACUCGAGCCGGCAAAAGCAGCAGCAGCAGGCCGAGGCCAGCAGCCAGAGCGGCUUCGCCGGCGGCUCGCGCAUGAGCCAGAUCCUCAGCGGCAGCUCGCGCCGCAGCCCGCCGAGCGACCGCAUCGCCGAGGAGGGCCAGACGGGCCAGGGUCCGGCACACCUCGACGCCGAGAAGCACCUGCAGGCCGACGACGGCGACUUUGACCUCGGCGCAUGGAUUCUCUCGCGCCAGGCGCAGGCGCAGCGCGACGGCGUCGACAACGACAAGCCGCUCGGCGUCUCGUGGCGCGACGUCGAGGUGUCGGCCCCGGCCGGCGCAGGCGGCGGCGUCUUCGUCAAGGACCUGCCGCACUCGAUCAUGCGGACGGCCUGGCAAGACCCGAUCGCGGUCGUCAGCAAGUUUGUCCCUGCGUUUGGCCGUCUCUUCGCGGGCUCGUCGGGCACCAAGAAGCUCAUCCACGCCCACUCUGGCGUGCUGCGCGCCGGCGAGAUGGCACUCGUGCUCGGCAGACCAGGCAGCGGCUGCACGACGCUGCUCAAGGCGCUCACCACGAGCAGCGACGGCAACCUCACCGUCGACGGCACGAUCUCCUUUGCCGGCCUCUCGCCUGCCGAGAUCGAGCGCAACUACCGCGGCGAGGUCAUCUUCUCCGACGAGGACGACCAGCAUUUCCCGACGCUGACCGUCGGCCAGACGCUCGAGUUUGCCCUGAGCCAGAAGGUGCCGCACAGCCGCGCCCGUCUGGCGGGCGAGACACGCUCGGACUUCAUCCAGACUGCAGUCACCUGCGUGCUCAAGCUCUUCUCGAUCUCCCACGUGCGCGACACCAUCGUCGGCGAUGCGGCCAUUCGCGGCGUCAGCGGCGGCGAGCGCAAGCGAGUCACACUCGGAGAAGCGUUGAUCACAAGGUCAUCCGUGAUUGCGUUUGACAACGCGACCCGUGGCCUUGACGCGUCCACUGCGCUCGACUACGCGCGCUCGCUUCGGAUCAUCACCGACCUCUCGCGCCGCACGACGUUCGCCACGCUCUACCAGGUCAGCGAGUCGAUCUUUGACCUUUUCGACAAGAUCUUGGUGGAAGACGAGGGCCGUUGCAUCUACUACGGCCCGCGCGACCGGUGCCGGGGGUACUUCGAAAAGCUGGGAUUCGCAACGCCGGAGCGCCAGACGACGGCCGACUUCUGCACUGCGCUCGUCGACCCGAAGCAGGUGCAGUUCCGCGAGGGCUUCGAGAAGCGUGCGCCACGCACGCCCGAGGAGCGCGAGCGCGCCUGGCUGCAGAGCGAGCUGUACGAGCAGCUGCAGCAGGAGAUCCGCGCGUACGACGAGGCAUGCCGUGACAAGGCGCCGACGGAGAAGCUCGCCCAGGUUGCGGCGUCGGAGAAGAACAAGCGCGUCAAGUCCUCGACGCCGUACACCGUCUCGUUCUGGAACCAGGUCAAGGCGUGCAUGUGGCGCCAGCUGCUCAUCCGCUGGGGCGCCCGCCAGGACUUCUACGUCAAGAUUUUCACCAUCGUGGCUAUUGCUCUGGUCAUCGGCGGCCUCUUCUUCGGCCAGUCGACGGACUCGACUGGCGCCUUCAGCCGCGGCGGUGCUCUGCUGCUCGCGACCCUCUUCAAUGGCUGGCUGCAGCUCAGCGAAGGCUACGAGGCGGUCGCCGGCCGGCCGAUGCUCGCGCGCCACGAGACGUUUGCCUUCCACCGCCAGUCGGCCGUGACGAUCGCACGUGCCCUCAUCGACAUUCCGCUGCUCCUCUUCCAGACGCUGCUCUUCAGCGUGAUCUUCUACUUCAUGGCGAAUCUGAGAGUAGACGCAGGCGCCUUCUUCUACUUCUGGCUCGUGGUGUUCUUGUGCGCCCUCAACCUCACGUACCUGUACCGCGCGCUGGCCGCUUUCUCCCCGACCUUCAACGAGGCCAUCCGCUUCAGUGUUCUCAGCCUAAAUUUGCUGAUUAUUGCGAGUGGCUAUGUGUUACCGCGCACGAAGAUGAACUGGCUCAUCUGGCUCAGCUACGCAAACGGCAUCAGCUAUGCCUUCACCGCUCUCAUGGUCAACGAGUUCAACUAUCCGAUCCAGUGCAACCCGCAGCAGAUCGUGCCGUUCAGCGACGUCAUCGACACGCAGUACCAGACGUGCACGCUGCUGGGCAGCACACCCGGCCAGCUCGCCGUGCCGUCGGAGGCCUAUCUGGAAGCCAGUUUCGGCUACAGCCGCUCGUCGAUGUCGUACGACUGGGCCGUCGUCCUCGCCUUCACGAUCCUAUACUUGCUCGUUACCGUAUGGGCAGCCGAGAACAUGCAUUGGGGCGGCGGCGGGGGCGGAGUCACGGUCUUCGCGCGCACCGCGUCCGCGAAGCAGCAGCUUGCCGAGACCGAGACCCCGGCGGCCGCGUCCGGUGACGUCGAGGCCGCGGCCUCUGGCAACACCACCCCGCCUCGCAGCGACGACUCGACGCGCGCCAACUCCCCGGCCCCGGUCGAGAAGAAGCCGAGCCACGGCAGCGCCAGCUUCGACGAUCGUGCAGUUUUCACGUGGAAGGACGUCAACCUCACGCUCGGCAACGGACGCGAGCUGCUGCACAAUGUCACAGGCUACUGCAAGCCCGGCAGCAUGACAGCGCUUAUGGGCGCCUCGGGUGCGGGCAAGACGACGCUGAUGACGGCCCUGAGCCAGCGUGGCGUCGCCGGCGAUCUCUCCGGAGACAUUCUCGUCGACGGCAAGUCUCUCGACCGCGGCUUCCAGAAGGGCACAGGCCUCGUGCUGCAGGGCGACGUUCAUCUCGGAACUUCCACUGUUCGAGAGGCAAUUGAGUUCAGCGCUCUUCUGCGCCAGUCCAAGGAGACAUCUCGAGAGGAGAAGCUGCGCUACGCACAGCACUGCAUCGACCUCCUCGAGCUCAACUCGCUCGCUGACGCCCUCAUCGGCGUGCCCGGCGCCGGGCUGAGCGUGGAGAAGCGUAAGCGCGUGACGAUCGGCGUGGAGCUCGCGGCCAAGCCCGACCUUCUGCUCUUCCUUGACGAGCCGACCUCCGGCCUCGACUCUGCCGGCGCGGCUUCUAUCAUCCGCCUGCUGCGCCGCCUUGCCGACGAGGGCAUGACCAUCCUCUGCACAAUCCACCAGCCGAGUGCGCUCCUGUUCGAAAGCUUCGAUUCGGCCGCCUUGCUUCGUCCUGGCGGCCAGUUGUGCUUCUUCGGCCAGAUUGGCGCCAAGCCCGGCCAGGGCUCCGAGCGCAUCCGCACGUACUUCGAGGCCAACGGCGCUGAGGCCUGCCCGCCCGAAGAGAACGCUGCCGAGUACAUUCUCGAGGUCGUCUCGGGCGGCAAGAGCCGCGGCAUCGACUGGGGCGCCAAGUGGCGCGAGUCGCAGGAGUGCAAGGAGGUGGUGCAGCAUGUCGACCAGCUCGUCGCCGAGCGCAGCAAGCGCCCGGCGAGCAAGGACCCCCGCGCCCUGCGCGAGUACUCGGCCUCGUCUGUUGAGCAGGUCCGCCAGGUGACGCUGCGCCAGUUCCGCGACGUCUGGCGCGAUGCUUCCUUCUCCUACGGCGUGCUUUGGUCGCACCUUCUCGUGGGGCUGUUGAGCGGCGCAUACUUCGCUUCGGUCGGACGAUCGUCGUCCGACCUGCAGCUCUACGUCUUCCAGGCGGCAUUCCUGUACCUGCUCAACGUGCCCGCCAUCGUCAACAGCAUCAUCGCCAAGUUCUUCGAGCUGCGCAUCCUCUUCGAGGUCCGCGAGUCGCCGUCGAAGAUCUACGCAUGGUGGGCGCUCGUCGCCAGCUUCAUCAUCUCGACACUGCCGAUCGCGCUCCUCAGCUCGGUGCUCUACGGCCUGCCCGCCUUCUUCAUCGCAUUCGGCGCGCAGCCGUCGCACAUCGCCGGCUUCUGGUACCUCUGCACUCUCACGCUCGUGUGCUUCUGGUUCCUCUUCUCGUUCAUGCUGGCUGCGGCCUGCGCGACGCCGUCGAUGGCCGCCAACCUGCUGCCCUUCAUGCUGCCCAUCCUGGCGAUCGUCAACGGCGUGCUGGUGCCUCGCGCACAGAUGCCGCAGCCGUUCCGCAGCGCCGUCUACUACGCCAACCCGAUGUCGUACUUCGUGCAGGCGCAAGUCUCGACGAUCCUGCAAGACAUCACGGUCGUGUGCGACGACGUCGACCUCGCGCGCUUCAAUCCGCCCGGCGGCCAGACGUGCGGCGCCUACGCCGGCGAGUGGGCCGCCUCCGCCGGCGCCACGCUCGUCAAUCCCGACGCCACGAGCAACUGCGGCCUGUGCCGGUACGCCACGGGCGCGCAGUUCGCGCAGACGCUCGGCGCCGACUACAACUUCCGCUGGCAGGCGUGGGGCAUCCUCCUCGGCUUCGUCGUCUUCAACGGCCUCGCCUGCUUCGCCCUGUACUGGUGGUUCCGCGUCGCGGGCUACGGCCUCGGCAUCGACCGCCUCACGGGCCUCUUCAAGCGCAAGCAGAAGAAGGCCAAGAAGGGCGAGGAGUAG